AUGCCUCGACCUACGCGCACCCGCAGAGGUGCUGGAAGAGAGACGCGUCACCUUCCAGAGACUGAUCCUUCAGUUAUUAUAGGCAUAGACUUUGGAACCACCUUUUCGGGCGUGGCAUGGGCUAGGUCAACUCGACCAGAGCAAAUCAGCAUAAUAACAAGCUGGAAGACUUCUCUCAACUUCAACAGCGACAAGGAAAAAGUCCCAACUUCUAUCUCGUAUAGGGGCAAAGAUGAAACACCUGCCUGGGGCUAUGCAGCUCCUAUUGGCGAGUCUUCCUUGAAAUGGUUCAAGCUUUGCCUUCUCGAAAGAGAAGAUAUACCAGAUUACUUACGACAUUCGAAGAAUCUCCAAACAGCGAGAGCUUCUUUGGAAAAAUUGGGCAUCCAUGCUGUGGAUGUCAUCAGUGAUUAUCUGCGGGAGCUAUGGAACCAUAGCCUUGGCUGCAUCGAGCGAGCCGAAGGGUCUUCCAUGAUGAAUCUUUCUUCGCUGAAGGUCAUCGUUACACUCCCAGCCAUUUGGCCUGCAUACGCUCAGUUCAGAAUGAAGGAAGCCAUUGAAAAGGCUGGGAUUAUGAACUUUCGAAGCACUGCUGACACGACCCUGGAUUUCAUCUCGGAGCCCGAGGCUGCAGCUCUAGCUAGCUUGCGAGACAUGUCCGAUAGGGUAGACAUAAAAACUGGCGAUCACUUUGUUGUUUGCGAUGCUGGCGGAGGCACUGUGGACAUAAUUACCUAUACGGUGACAAGUAAAGAUCCCAUGAAGGUCAAAGAAAGUGUUAGGGGAGAUGGAAAGCUAUGCGGUGCUACCUUUGUGGACGAGCGUUUCCGACUUCUUCUCAAAGCCAAGAUUCCUCUGCCUUCUUGGGAAAGACUCGGGGAAGAUGGCGUAGCGCGCCUCAUGAAUAACGAAUGGGAAAACGGCAUAAAGCCCCAGUUCACUAAUGAUGGUCGCAAUUGGACUAUCCAGAUCCCCGUCUCGUCGCGGAAGAGAGAUCACGACCAAUUCAGUUGUCCAGAGAUUACUAUCACCAACCAAGAAGUUGUUGACGUAUUCAGGCCUAUAAUGAGCCAAAUCGUGGAGCUCGUGAUGACGCAAAUCCAGGAAGUCAAGAGACGAUACAAGAAGCUGCCUAAGUUUGUGAUCUUGGUUGGUGGCUUUGGGCGAUGCCAGCACCUGUAUAGUUGCAUGAAGCAGGGCUUAAAAGACAAAGUUGAGAUUCUUCAAAGUUCUGGAGCACGGCCUUGGACGGCAGUCUGCCGCGGUGCAGCUCUUCGGGGCCUCGAGGGGUCUAGCAACACAGCAGAAUCGGCAAUCUGUUCCAGAAUUGCGAGAGCGAGUUACGGCGCCAUUUACAAUGUGACACCAUGGUCCGAAAAAGAGCAUGAUAUACGAGAUAAAGAAUGGUGCCCUGUCACCCAAGUCCAUAUUGCCGCUGAUCAAGCUGCCUGGUUUCUGCGCAUCGGUGAUACUAUUAAAGUGGGCAAACCCGUUGAAGAGCAGUUUCAUCAAGACUUUGACGAGCCGGUGGAUAACAUUUCCACGUGUCUUAUCUACUCUAAUGCCCUCAACCCGUCGGUCAGAUGUGACGACACGGUCAAGGAACUCUGCCAUAUCCGAUGGUCGAGUAUUCCCAAGUAUGACGAUCUGCCUUCGUGGAAAAACUCCAAAGGCCAACUUGUCAAACGGCUCGACUACAUCAUCAAGAUGACAUCGAAUGGCGUAUCUCUAGAUUUCGAGAUUUCGUAUCAAGGGAAAAUCGUGGCGUCGAAGAACGUUGCGGUUGACUAUAGUGAGAGUGGCGUGGCGGCUCGUCGCUCUGUUGAACAACACCUCUUUGUAGACAGUGAUGAUGAUGAUGACAGUGGUACCUAUGUUCCACCUGAUUCUGAAAGGUCUGAAGCACCAAACUGGGGAAACCUAAACUGGAACGACCACAUCGCAUCCAGGAUCCCAGGCAUGUGA